GAAGAUCCGACUCAAAAGAACGAUUCGCUGAGGCAUCGGACAUCACCAGAGCGGAAAAGACUAGAGCUGUCAACGUCCAUUUCUCCCCCAGAUCCACUUUCUGUCGGCUGUCAUGUGGAUGUGAAUACAGAAAGUGACCGGCAGCAAAGAGAUGUGUGAUGAACACCAGUCCUAAAGCAGGGCAAGGCCAAUCAGUUACUAUGAGCAGUGAGCUCAAUGUGCCGAUGGGGUCCCCCACGCCCGGGGGCUCAGACCGGCUGCAGGAUGGUGGCGGGAUGGACUACAGGGACUGGGUUCGCCGCAGCUAUCUGGAGCUGGUCACUUCUAACCACCACUCGGUCCAGGCUCUCUCAUGGAGGAAACUCUACCUCAGCAGGGCCAAGCUCAAAGCCUCCAGCCGGACCUCAGCCCUGCUGUCUGGCUUUGCCAUGGUGGCCAUGGUGGAGGUGCAGCUGGAGAUGCAGUAUAACUACCCACGGGUCCUGCUCAUUGCCUUCAGCGUAUGUACUACAGUGCUGGUGGCCGUCCACCUGUUCGCCCUCCUCAUCAGCACCUGCAUCCUGCCCAAUGUGGAAGCCGUAAGCAACAUCCACAAUCUCAACUCCGUCUCCGAGUCUCCCCACGAGAGGAUGCACGUCUAUAUUGAGCUGGCCUGGGGCUUUUCCACCGCUCUGGGGAUCCUUUUGUUCCUGGCAGAAGUGGUGCUCCUCUGCUGGAUUAAGUUCUUGCCGGUUGAUUCUGGGGCACAAUCCUCGUCAGCCCUGGCACCCCUCAAGCAGAACUGCAGCUCGUCUACGGUUCAGCCAGGCCACAGCGGCUGGGAGGCAGCCUUGGCCUCCACCAUCAUCAUGGUGCCGGUCGGAUUGAUCUUUGUGGUGUUCACCAUUCACUUCUACCGCUCGCUAGUGCGACACAAAACAGAGCGGCACCAUCAGGAGAUCGAGGAACUGCACAAAAUCAAGGUGCAGCUGGACGGCCAUGAGCGAGGCCUGCAGGCGGUGUGAGAUCCAGGGAUGCUCUUCGUUGUCUCUUUAAGCUUUCAAGCACAUUAAAACUCCUUCUUGAGUCUUUUGGACUUAUAUUCUGUUUUAUUCUGAGAGGAAAUGCCUUGUAACCUGGUGGAAGGAUUACUAGUGUAAAAAUUGAGGAGGCUUUACAGCCAAAAAGGCGCACGUUUACAAAAUUUCAAACGCAAGGGCUAUUUAUUUUGUAUUUUGGAUCUUUAAUAUCAUUUGCCUGUUUCUCUUCCUUUUGCGGUGCCAUCCUGGAUGGAUAAGUGUGCCACAGAUAAUGAGAACCAAAUGAGUUGGUCUUGAAUCCAUCAUGAAUCAGAGUCACUGCCAGAGUAUCCUUAACUGCAAUUUCCAGCUCUUAUAAUAUACAUGUCUGUUUGAGCUUCAGUUUAUAGUGAUAGUUCACCCAAAAAUUGAAUAUCAUAUCAUUUACUCACCUUCAUGUUGUUCCAGACCUGCAAGACUUUGCUUCUUCAGCACAAAAGAAGAUAUUUUGAAUUGCUUUUGACCAUACAAAACAGCAAUGGACUUUGUUGAUUUUCACUGUAUGGGCAAAAUAACACUUAGUCACUGUUUAGCAAAAGUGAGAAAGUGAUAAAUGCGAUGCACCCCAUUUAGUUUGUCUGUGCUUAAUAGUGAAUCUAUAAUACUGUAAUCUCUCAGCCUGCAGAACUGUCGUCCCAAAAAAGCAUUCAUUUUAAAGCUGUUCCAGUCGUAUCGCUCAUACUAGGCCUAUAUGUAGUGCAGUAUUUUCAGCUUGGGUGUGAAAUCUAGACGCUUUAGCCAGACUCACUGCGCUUGUAUUUCAUUGAAGGUUUUGCAUGUGUAAUUUAAUGCACUGUCACUUGUCAAGCACAAAUGUGGAGUUUUUAUCCAUUUUUCAGACAAGGCCUAUUGAAUGUUAUACCUGUGGGCUACUAUAAGUUUACAUUGUCCUGUCAACAAAGUCAAUGAUGAUUUGCUCCAACAAGUUGAUUUUAAUGGGCACAGUUUGUUAUAAAAAUACUUGAGAAAGACGAAAUGCUUUGCUGAUCUGAAAUUGUUUAAUGUGAACUGAGUUCAUGUCGUCAUGCUCAUAAUACCGUCUGGUAUUUAUGUAACAAGUCAAUUUGAGGAAAACAUUCCAGGGGGAAAAGAAGUCAGACCAAUUUCUGCCUUCCUUAAAAAAACUAAACUGACAAAAGUGCACUUGUAGAAUAGGUCAAGGAAAUGAUCUGUCCGGUUUGUUUUUAGAAUAUGCAGAAAGAUUUCAUCUGCUGUAGGUCUUUCAAAAUGUAGAGUAAUAGUUUGAUGCUUCAUUUCAUGCCUUAAGCAUUAAUUUAAUUCAAUAGUAAGUUCAUGAGUCAACUCUGUAAUAAAGCAUAGUGAAGCACCAGUGUGAACGCACGAACACAAACACACUUGACCAAAAUUGUGUACUCUGCUUAUUUUUUUCAAUUGUGUGUGGGAAAUUAUUUUAGUAUCAUUUUUGAUACUUCUGUUGCAUUGUGCCACAUUGUAAAUACAUAGACGCAUAUCUAGUGUGAAACGUUUGUCCAGAACAUGUAGCCGACUAUUAUCAAAACAUUCUGUUGAGCAUGUCCUUUCACACUCUGUACUUGUAUGUUAAUUUAUGUCAAAUAAACACAACCUAUUUUGUUUACUUCAAAA